AUGCGGGCAAAGGCCCGUUGCACAUUUGACUCUGCCUAUGCAAGAGGCCGAGUGCCCAUCAUUCCCCCAGCACCGGACGUCGACCAUGGGACCAUCACUAUACCGGCCUCGCCUCACUUGGACUCCGGCGAGAGUCCAUCAGUCUCGGCACAACAGGCCCCAGUAACACCUAGUACAGAGGGUGCAGAUGCUCCUACAGGCUUGCAGAGCUACAACUUGGCAUCGAACACAUCUCUGCAGCAUUCUCCAGAGCCGUCCCAGGAGGAUCUACAGGGGCAUUAUAUCGGUCCCGCCUCUGGAGUUUCAUUUCUGCUGAGGGUUCAGAAGCGCCUCCAUCAAGCCAUCUCGUUCUCUUUACCAGGAAGCAUCUUCACAUUUGGCGAUGCUCCUCUCCAUCCCCCUGAUUUUGAUCCGUCCUUUUGCAUGAUGCUUCCAAGAGACGACGCCCAACACUUGAUAGAUCGAUACUUUGACUUUGCCAUGCCGACACACCGCUUCCUACAUCGUCCUACAAUUCAGGAAUGGUUCGUCGAAUUUUAUGAUACCCUGGGCACUAUGCGUGAUGUGAACAAUGCUCCAGCCAAGAUUGGACUACUAUUCAUGGUGUUUGCCCACGCUAGGGUGUACAUGCCCGAGGAUGACAGGCCUGGUCCAUCAGAUCUGAGUUCUCGCUAUUAUCUUGCAGCUGAGCACCAGCUCUCAAAAGAAAGUGGCUCAAUACGUCUCACCAGCGUCCAGGCCCGCCUACUGCAAUGCUACUACCUCCUAACCCAGUCUCGAGUCAACCAUUGUUGGAGCCAAUUCGGUACAGUAACCAGUUUAGCUCUUGCCAUUGGUCUGAAUAGGAACAAACGUCCCGGCGCAGCAAGCGGGCUCAGUCAAGUUGAAGUCGAAAGUCGCCGUCGAACCUUUUGGUGUGCAUACACCUUGGACACGUAUCUCAGCAUGUCUUUAGGUAGACCGCGAUCCUUCCACGACGAUGACAUUGACACGGAACUCCCAGCAUGUGUUGAGGAUCACGAGAUAACAAGAGACCACAUCAGCGCGUCCGCGCUCAACAGGGGGUACUCUAUUAUGCUAGCUCCUCUUGCGCACAUGAAACUUGCUCGUAUCAUUAGCAAGAUACUCCGCAGCCUGUAUUCCAUCAAGCCGGUAUCAACCAGUCGUCGAGCGGAAGAAACAGAACGCAUCUCCAAAGACUUGGACGAAUGGCGAGCCGAGCUGUCCCGAUUUCUUGACGCCGACUUUUUCAGUUCAUCCCUCUUGGUUCCAAUCUUUCAACGGCAGAGGAAUGUUCUAAACUUGACCUUCUACCAUGCCAUUAUCCUCACCCAUCGGCAGUCAGUGCUCAACAACUUUACACGGGUGUCACAGCAGGGAGUGAGGUCGUCUAACGAGAGUCCUCAACAUGAGGAGAGUGUGAAGCAGUGCCUAAAGGCAGCCAUGGAGACAGUGGACACGAUUGAUGAGAUCACCCACAGCCGUCAAAUGUUCCGUGCAUUCUGGAUCACGGCAUAUUUUGCCUUUACCGCGGCCAUGGUGCUCUACAUCUACGUCAUCCAGAAAUGGGCAUCUCCGUUUGAAGAGUAUAGCAGCCACUUUGCAGCCGCCACCCGAUGCCAGUCUCACAUGUCUGCCAUUGCUGAGAAGGGCUCAUUGUUCGAACGCUAUUGCCUCGUGCUUGAGGAACUGCGCACCGAAGCCUUGCGCCACAUCAACCGCAUGAACCCGUCAACAAACGAACUCGAAGGGAUCAAUACCCAACUACAGGAUAUUGGCUUCCAAGACGUGGGACUCACAAUGGACGGCAGUCCAAGCAACGAAACCACCUACACAGACUUAAUAGGACAGGGUGCUAUGGACUUUAGCGCUCUUCAGGGGUCUACACUCACUGACUUUUCUGGAUGGAAUCAGUUCGCUUCCAUGGUUUCUUCGGGGUUGGGCAACCUUGAUGUUUUCCUCAACGACGAAACAUUCAGGAUCUAA